AUGUCUGCUCAUGCGUCGCCGCGGAGCGAUGGCAGCGAUGGCGAUGAGGCGGUGCUGGUGCUGGAGGUGCUGGGUGAGUGCACGGCGGCGCCGCUGGUGGAACUGAAUGGCGAGGCUGCGGGCGGAGAUGGGGUGGAGACGACUGGGAUGGGGGUGCGUGUGGUGGUGGCAGGCCGGCUGACGGUGCUGGGGCGGGCGUGCCGUGAGGCGCGGGCCGACGUGGUUGUUGUUUGCCCGACCAUGUCCAAGCUCCACUGCGCGGUGGUGUGGUGUCAGCAGCGAAGCGGGUUCUUCCUCUUUGACUGCGGCUCGCUCAACGGAACGUAUGCGUCUCGGGCGACGCGGUCACCGGCGGACGCACGGCCGCUGCAGUACGAGUUCAUCGGCGACGCCGGCAUGCCUGCGGGGACGCGAGACGCGCGCUCUGCGCGGCUGGAGCCGGGCUCGUUCUUCAAGGCUGCGGCGUGCGUGUUCUACGUUCGCGACGUGGUGGUUGCCGGAGAGGCAAGGACCAUGGCGCCGGGCGCGCCGUUGGUCGACGCGCGCGGAUGGCGGGCGCCGUGUCCCCGAAUGGACUUGCAGGUGGCGGCCGGGCCGGACGUCGGGGUGCGGAUCUGCGUCAAUGAUCUUGGCUGCGUGGUGGGCCGGCACCGGCUGCUUUCGACGCUGGUCAUCCAUGAUGCCGAGAACAAUCUCUCGCGAGCGCACGCCCAGAUCCAGUACCAGUCCGAGCUGGGCUCGUUUGUGCUGGUCGACAUGUCGUCGACCGGCACCUGGGUCUCGACCAACUUUGACCCUGUCGCCGCCUUUGUGGGAGGCCUGUGGACGGGAACGUCGACGUACCACCCGUCGAGCAUCGAGUGGACCCGCGUUGUUCCCGGCUCUCCGGUCAUCGUCAAGCCGGGCGACGUCAUCCGCUGUGGCAAGGCGACGGUGCUUGCGGUUGUCGAGCCGGAGCCGUCGCCGCUGGCUCACCACGGCUUUCCGCUCCUGGCCACCCGGCUCGCUCUGGACCAUCUCGGCGCGCUUGAUGCUGUCCGCGGCCUCGCGCUGAGCCGGGCCUCGCUCUCCGACUCGUCGUUGUGCUUGUCGUACGACGACGCGCUGGAUCCUUUGGCCUAG